CAGUGCUUAGCUGCCAAGUUUUCCCCACAAAAUCUACACUGCUGUACAAAAGGGAGUGGGAAUCUCUUUGACACAGAGGCAGUGUCGCUUUAAAAAGGGGAAGGUUGGAGAACAUGCAAGAUGUAGGAGGAGCGAUGUUGGAGAGAAAAAGAGAGACACACACACAGAAAAUAUUCAUAGGCUCGGUGUAGUGGAGGAUCAACACAGGAAAGAGCUGUAUACAGCGCAGACUGACAGCCUGACAUGCAGGCAGGAGAAGAAAAUACAUCCUCUCUUCAGGACACGUUCUCUGUGCUCUAUCCACCAACUCAUUCCAGAGCUGUAUUGUGAAUGCAGAUGGAAAUAGAAGAUUCCUGAUCAACGGGUGUGGUGGUGAGGUCUGGUGAUCUGAGUUGUCACAGAUAAACAAGAAGAGUGAAGGAUCUGGACUGGAGAUAGGACUCAGAGUACGGACCUCAGACAUCGCUUGGACGUCAGAGCGCAAAAGGCAACUGCGAGUAGACACGCAGACAGAUUCUCUCUUCUCAGAAACACGUGAGGAAUGAGAUCUUCAAAGGUUGUGAGGUUAUUGCAGGAGAGGGGGGGAUGAGCAGGAGAGUGGGCAGAGAGCAUGGGGAGGCGGGAGGGGGUGAGAGGUUUGCUGGAUCCGAGAGUUGGGCAGUCGUUCCCACACUGGGGUCUGUGGUCAGGGCCCUCCCAGGAGGUGAGCUCAUGUCAAAGACAAAUAGCUGGUUAGGGGGAAAGAUUAAAGGUUGUAGGGAUUAAGUGCAGAGCCAUACGAUCAAACGCUCCACGGGACACGACUGGAUUAUCUGCUGGUGGUGGAGGAGGAGACCGUGGGAAUAGCAUCUGCUGAACAGAGCCCUGCCACACAGCUAGUAAUCUACCAAGGAAGGUCCUGCUCUCCUAUGCAAUCCAGUGACUUUCCUCCAGUUUACUUUUCGCUGGACACCACUCGAGUAGCAAGCUCAGCCUCGGAGAGACGCACCCUGUGUUUAACCCGUCCUGACCUGGAGUGCUGGACGGACAGUGCUUUACUCUGCUUCUAACUCGUGCUGUAUUUCUCCUUGUUGGAGGGUUAAGGUGUGAUCUGAAUAUUGAGAGCGUAGGAGUGCUGUCCGGCAAAAAUGACAAUGAAACAGGAGCCAAGAGACCGGUUCAAUGCUGUGUGGCUAAUAUUUCUGAUCUUGGGCCUGGGGACACUGCUACCCUGGAACUUCUUCAUGACGGCCAUUGGGUAUUUUAAGCAUCGUUUGCAAGAUGAAAUCGAUCCAAACCUGACGCUGAAUGGGACACAGCCCUUGGAAGAAAACUACCUGCAGGGGAUUUUCGGAAACGUGAUGACUCUCUGUGCCAUGCUGCCCCUCCUCAUCUUCAGCUGUCUCAACUCCAUCCUCCAUGAGAGGAUUCCUCAGGCAGUGAGAAUCAAUGGCAGUCUGAUCGCCAUCUUCCUGCUCUUUCUGCUGACCUCGGUCCUCGUUAAAAUAAACAUGAAUCCCACCACUUUCUUCAUAAUCACCAUGGUUACGAUCAUCUCCGUCAACUCGUUCGGAGCCGUACUGCAGGGCAGUGUGUUUGGUCUGGCUGGCCUGCUCCCCACCUACUAUACCACCCCCAUCAUGAGCGGCCAGGGCAUGGCCGGCACCUUUGCAGCUUUGGCUUUGAUCUGUGCCAUCGCAAGUGGAUCUGAGCAGACUAACAGUGCCUUUGGAUAUUUCAUCACUGCUUGUGGGGUCAUCCUUAUUGCUAUCUUGGCUUAUCUUGGCCUACCUCGUCUGGAGUAUGCUCAACACCACUUUAGAAAGGAAAGGUCCAAUCAUACAGCUCCCACCGAGACAUCAGACGAGGCAGAUGCUAAAUUCAACUUCCUGCCAAAAGAUGGAACCCACGACACAGAGAAGGUGCCCUCGAUCAGCCUAAUGGACAAAGAAGAGGAGGCGGAGCAGAGCGAGAAUGUGCCAGUCAUCGCAAUCUUUAAGAAGUUGUGGCUCAUGGCUCUUCUCGUCUGCUUCACAUUCACGGUUACCAUCGGGGUGUUCCCAGCAGUCACUGUCGAUGUGAAGUCUAUCGUAUCCCCCAAAGGAACCUGGGGCUUGUAUUUUAUCCCAAUCGGCUGCUUCUUGUUCUUCAAUGUCUUUGACUGGGUCGGUCGUAGUCUGACUGCCAUCUUCAUGUGGCCUGGACAUAACAGCCGCCUUUUGCCGGUGCUGGUGCUGUGCCGUGUGCUCUUCGUGCCCCUCUUCAUGCUGUGUAACGUGUGGCCACGACGACUCCCUGUCUUCUUCGCCCACGACGCUUGGUUCAUUGUCUUCAUGAUUUUCUUCUCCUUCUCCAAUGGCUAUCUGGCCAGUCUCUGCAUGUGCUACGGACCCACAAAAGUGUCUCCGAAGGAAGCGGAAACUGCAGGCACCAUCAUGUCCUUCUUCCUAUCGCUGGGGCUGGCGCUCGGAGCAGUGUUGUCCUUCCUCUUCCGAGCAAUGAUCUGAUGGGAGAUGCCGGUGGAAAAGCGUCAGACUGGCCAGAUCCACGGAUGGUAUUCUGGAGCGGGUCCUUCCAACUAAAUGGAUGGCUGGCACCAAAAUUCUGCAACCAGUAUUGGUCUUUUUUUUCACAUAUAUUUGAUAUUUCGUCACGUGGAAGACGAACAGUGUUACAACUUGUGGACCUGCGAACAGGACCUCCUCUCCCCGGGGAGAAGUAUGCCUCUGCCCCUGAAUUUACCCUGGCACCAACCAACAGGCAGAACUGCAACAUCAGGCCUACAUCAAAGGCUUCUCCAACACCCGCCUUUCUGCAGUUUGUCAAACGUUGGCACAAAUGUUUUUUUGAACUUAGAUUUUUUUGACGUUUUACUUUCAGAAAUAUCACCUUUUAUAAAUGUUUGCUUUGAGUAUUGGCAUACAGGAGCAGACUGUUUAGCCCAUUGAGCCUGGUCCACUAGUUUACGAGGUCAAGGCAAUUCUUUUAAUUCCACCUCCCCAGCUUUUCCUGUACCCCGCUAAUACCUGCUUCCUUCCCAAAGUAUAGAUCAAGCAAUUGCUUUUUAACCAUCCUAAUUGAUUAUUUGACCUUUCUUGAUCUUGGGGGAGUGGGGGGGGCAGUGUGUUCUGUACUCUCGCAACCCUCUGUGUGAAGAAAUGUUUUCCAAUCCACAGGAACAUAAAAUCUUACAGCACAAAAGGAGGCCAUUCGGCCCAUCGUGCCUGUGCUGGCUCUUUGAAAGAGCUAUGAACUAGUCCCACUCCCCCUCUCUUAUCCCAGAGCCCUGCAAAUUUUUCCUUUUCAAAUACUUAUCCAAUUCCCUUUUGAAACCGACUAUUGAACCUGCUUCCACCAUGCAUUUAAAAUCAUAAAAACUCUGGAUAAAAAAUGUCUCCUAAUCUCGCUUUUAAAUUUGCUUUGAUUUUAAGAUGACACUCCCUGUGUAUUAGACCCAUCUACCAAAGGGAAGAAUCAACUACCUGACUAGUCAGCUCCCCUUAUUAUUUUAAACAUCUCGUUCAAGUGAUCCCUUAACCUCCUCAGAUUUAAGCAAUAUAGCCCACGUUAUCUGGCAUUAUUUACUAUUUUCCUCACCAUCCUUUUGUAUUAACGUUUUUUUUAAACAACAGAUCCUUUUAAGAAUGAAUGUAUUAAAUGGAGCAAAGUAUACGCUCAUGGCUGCCAUGUCCGACCUCCGCCCGUAAGUGGCAUUAUAGGCUUAUGUGCUUUUAUACACAGAACCAGGCUUUCACACAGUGUGGUAUCGCCACCUACCGCCAGACAGUGCGUGCCACAUCCAUCCUUUGUAUUAUUAAUUCACAAGACUUUACAGCUCUUGUGUGUGUGUGUGUGUGUGUGUGUGAGAGCAAUGUGUGUCAGCCAUACAGACAGUAAGGCCUCUUAGCUAAGAACAAGUGUAUAUCUGUUCUUAUAAGUUACUCCUUGAGCUAGCACCUGCCAGAGAAGUUCUGUUGAGAUUUGCUUGUGUUGGUUACCAUGACCGAAGCUCACCCAUAAA